AUGGCUUCUGCCCUUUUGGCAGCCCCUUCGCUCGUUUCCGCUUUUGUUGGUACUAGUGGUGCUACAUUCACUAAUGACGGAGCAUCCUUCUAUUUUGCCGGUACCAAUGCGUAUUACUUGAUGACACAAACUCAAGAGAAUGUCCAAUCAAUCCUGUCGGAGUCCGCUGGUUUGAACUUGCCUGUAAUCCGUACCUGGUUGUUCAACUCGGGCAACACCGAUGUUUUUUUCCAGAGCUGCAAUUCGGGGGCCAUGGAAAUUAACGAUGAUGCCGAAACGGGCUUAGGACGUAUCGAUUAUGUUAUCCAGCAAGCUGCCGAAAACAAUGUCAAGCUGAUAUUUGCACUUACCAACAACUGGCCUGAUUUUGGCGGUAUGGAUGACUAUGUCCAAUGCCUCGGUGGCAGCAACCACGACGAAUUCUACACCAAUGCCGAUGUUGUGAACUCGUUCAAAGAAUACAUAACUCAUGUGUUGGAGCGCACAAACGAGUUGACUGGCGUAAAGUAUAAGGAUGAUCCUACUAUUUUCGGCUGGGAACUCGCUAACGAACCUAGAUGCGGUGGUAGCGGCCUUCCUACUUCGGAUAGUUGCGGCCCUGAUAUUACUACUGCAUGGGUCGACGAGAUCUCCUCGCACAUCAAGUCUAUUGACAGCAACCAUUUGGUCGGUAUUGGUGAUGAAGGCUUCUUUAAUAGAGCUGGUGAAUCAGAAUACGAGUACAACGGAGGCACUGGCAUGGACUUCGAUGCCACAAUUGCUCUUUCCUCGAUUGAUUUUGGAACAUUUCAUAUGUACCCUGAACAUUGGACAAAGGACAACGAGGAAUGGCCCAUUAAGUGGAUUAAUGAUCACGCUGCUUCGCAAGAAUCCGCAGGCAAGCCAGUUAUUCUUGAAGAAUACGGACUUGCUGAAAAGAGCCUUCGUACCACUCUGUACCCGGCUUGGCAUGCGGCUAUUGAAGAGCAGAACGUCGCCGCUGAUGCCUUCUGGCAAAUUUCGGUGCCCUGCAACGAGAAUUUGGACGAUUUUGCUAUUUGCCCUAGCGAUGAGAAUAUUGAUACCCUCGUUGCUACUCACGCAUCUAAUAUGUUGGCCAAGAACUAA